AUGAGAUUCAGAUUACACAAUAUUGGCAUUGUAGCGGAUAUAGAAAAGGCAUUUCUCCAUGUGGAGUUACAGAAACCUGAAAGGGAUGUUACCCGCUUUUUAUGGUUAAAGGAUUGUGAAAAGCCUAUGGUUAAUGAAAAUUGCAUACAAGAAUAUAGGUUUUGUCGGGUUCCCUUUGGAAUUAUUUCCAGUCCAUUUUUACUUGGAGCUACUAUUGAAAGUCAUUUGGACAAAUACAAUUCAAAAUUGGCAAAUCAGUUAAAAGAAGAUAUUUACAUGGACAAUGUGAUAACAAGAGUACAAACGAAAUUUGAAGCAGUUGAAUUGUAUAAAAGAGCGAAAUCAAUUUUCGGUGAAAUGAAUAUGAACCUACGCGAGUGGAUGACUAACAAUAAGGAGCUUCGCAUGACAAUUCAGGAAGAAGAUAGAUCAAAUGGUAAUGCUGUUAAAGUGUUGGGCCAUUGGUGGAAUGUAAAGGAUGAUACUCUAUCAUUAAAAGGGGAAAAGUCAAUUAAGGAAGAGGUCAAAAUUACAAAAAGAAACUUUUUGAAACAGAUUGCAUCAGUGUAUGAUCCGUUAGGAAUGUGUUCUCCUGUAACAUUGCUUGGUAAAUUAUUGCUCCAACGAGUUUGGUGCAAAGGUUAUGAAUGGGAUGAUUUGUUAGAUAAAGAAGAUUCAGAUGACUGGCUGGAAAUCAGGCGUGACUUAGAGCAUGAAAAUGUAAGAAUACAAAGAAAUCUUACCAUAGCAGAUGACAUAGAAGGUGUAAAAUAUUCACUAGUUUGCUUCAGUGAUGCCUCAAGUAAAGCAUAUUCAGCACUUAUCUAUCUGAUACAACUUAAAGACAAAAUGUUUAAGUGUGACUUGAUGUUUUCUUAA